UGUACUUUAUAUAAGAGUAGAGGUGCUGGUGGGGAAGACACUCAUCCUGGGAGACUCAAACAAUUUACAAAUCCAUAUUACCCACUCGUUUCUCUAUAUAUUUUUAAUUCACAUCAUUCAAGAAAACGUGUUGUGGUGAACAUGGCAGGGGGGACCAAGGCAGACGGUGUUCUCCUUUUCCCACUGCUGUUGUUUCUUUCAUUACAUUGUUCUUCUGCCCUGAAAAGUUCUGAUGCAGACAGAACUUUUGUGAUUGACUACGAAAAUGACCAAUUUCUUAAGGAUGGGGAGCCCUUCCAGUACAUAUCAGGUUCCAUCCAUUACUUCCGUGUCAUACCCUCAAACUGGAGAGAUCGUCUUAAGAAGAUGCGUAUGGCAGGAUUCAACGCCCUACAAACUUAUGUAGAAUGGUCAAGCCAUGAACCAGAGCCUGGUGUGUAUGACUUCACUGGCAUGCUCGAUUUGGAGAGUUUCCUGAAGAUGGCACAGGAGGAAGAUCUUGUGGUUAUCUUACGUCUUGGUCCUUUCAUAGAUGCUGAGAGAGAUAUGGGAGGCUUACCAUACUGGCUGUUGAACAAGAACCCAGACAUGAGACUUCGAAGUUCAGACUCAUCGUACCUGACUUAUGUAGAUGACUGGUAUGGCAAUGUUCUCCUGCCUAAGAUUAAACCGUUACUUUAUGAAAAUGGAGGACCAGUCAUCAUGCUGCAGGUUGAGAACGAAUAUGGCAGCUACCCAGACUGUGAUUUUGCCUAUACAUCACACCUGCGUGACUUGGUACGACAAGGAGUGGGAGAUAAUGUUGUCCUCUUCACCACUGAUGGGGAUGGUGCUAGCUACCUCAAGUGUGGUAAAAUACCGGGAGUGUACAGCACUGUCGACUUUGGCUCUGGGGGAGAUGCGAAGAAAUCCUUUGCUGCCAUGAGGCUGUUUGAACCUCACGGACCUCUGGUGAACUCCGAAUACUACCCUGGCUGGCUUGAUCACUGGGGUGAACCUCACAGUACUCUUGACUCUGAGGUUAUUGCUAAGACUCUGGAUGACAUGCUGGCCUUGAAUGCAUCUGUCAACAUGUAUGUGUUCCAUGGUGGCACCUCCUUCGGUCUGACUGCAGCAGCCAACGUGAACACUGUUGACACUCGAUAUGAGCACAGUGUUGACAUGAGCUUACAGCUCGUGUCUAAAAAAGAACAUGCAUUCAAAUCAUGGACGAGGAGAGUUGUGCCAUGA